AUGCCAGCAGCCCAUGCCGAGCAAAGCCCGCGGAUCCGGGAAGUUUGGGCUUGCAACCUGGACGAGGAGAUGAAGAAAAUGCGCCCCGUUAUCCAGCAGUACAAUUACGUGGCUAUGGACACGGAGUUUCCAGGCGUGGUGGCCAGACCCGUGGGGGAAUUCCGAAGCUAUGCCGACUACCAGUACCAGCUCCUGAGGUGCAAUGUGGACUGGCUGAAGAUCAUCCAGCUGGGGCUGACGUUUAUGAAUGAGCAAGGAGAAUGCCCUCCGGGAACCUCCACGUGGCAGUUUAAUUUUAAGUUCAAUUUGAAGGAGGACAUGUACGCCCAGGACUCCAUCAAGCUCCUCACCAUGUCCGGCAUCCAGUUCAAGAAGCACGAGGAGGAGGGCAUCGAGGCACAGUACUUCGCAGAGCUCCUCAUGACCUCCGGUGUGGUCCUGUGCGAGGGGGUCAAGUGGCUGUCCUUUCACAGUGGCUACGACUUUGGCUACUUCAUCAAGAUCCUCACCAACUCGCCCCUGCCAGAAGAAGCCCGCGACUUCUUCGAGAUCCUGAAACUCUUCUUCCCCGUCAUCUACGACAUCAAGUACCUCAUGAAGAGCUGCAGAAACCUCAGGGGUGGACUGCAGGAAGUGGCCACUCAACUGGAGCUGGAGAGAAUUGGCGCCCAGCACCAAGCGGGGUCUGACUCCCUCCUCACGGGGAUGACCUUCUUCAAAAUGCGAGAAAUGUUCUUUGAAGACUACAUUGAUGAUGCCAAGUAUUCUGGUUACCUGUACGGCCUCGGUUCUGGAGCCACCCAUGCCUACAGCAAGGCUUGGCGGAGGUCCCAUAACAUUGUCCAGAAUAGGGCCCAGAACAGCACUCAGAACAGCUACCCUAAUGCUGUCCAGAGCAGCUUCCAGAAUGCUGUCCAGAGCAACUUCCCAAACAGCUACCUGAGCAGCUACCAAAGCAGCUUCCAGAACUACCACAACAGUUUCCAGAACGGCUACCAAAACAGCUUUCCGAACAGCAUCCCAGAUAUCCAGAACAUUCAGUAUGUUCAGUAUGUCCAGUAUGGCAGAGAACCAGUAUGGGGAGGAGAUCAGCCAGCAUUCAUGAGCAUGCCAGAGAUGCUAGAGAUGCCUCCCUUUGAGGUUGAGGACCAUCAGUUCUACACCUAUGGCGAGUGA